AUGAAACAUAUCGUACUUCUCAGUAUUAUUGUGAUUGUGUACAGUGAAAAAUAUAUAAAUAUACUUGGCGAUAAUCCUCCGAACUUCACCGAACUGGCAGCUAACUAUGGACAUCAAGCUUUAGAAUAUGACGUCAUCACUGAAGACGGUUACAUUCUCCGUCUCUUUCGGAUCAAAGGCGAAAGGGAAAUGCCCGUCCUGCUCAUGCACGGUAUUCUAGAUUCCGCGGAUACAUGGGUAUUGAGAGGGAAUGAAUCUCUCGCCAUUACAUUGGCAAAUAAAGAUUACGAUGUCUGGUUAGGUAAUUGUAGAGGUAAUAAGUAUGGCCGCCGACAUAUAUACCUAGAUCCUGAUAAUAACACUUUUUGGGACUACACUUUCCAUGAACAUGGAUAUUAUGACCUUCCAGCUACAAUAGACAAUAUCCUCUUCAUCACAAACGCAUCCAAAUUGAAUGCAAUCGGACAUUCUCAAGGAACAACUAUAUUCUACGUUCUCGGAUCGACACGACAUGAAUAUAAUAAUAAAAUUAAUGUACUCAUCGCUUUAGCACCUGUAUGUUUUCUAGAAAACAUGGAACCACCACUUAAGACUAUGAUUCAAUAUUCACCAAUGAUUUAUCUGACAGCAAACAUGCUCGAUAUUAAAGAAAUCUUCGGUACAAAUCAAAAUGUAAUAAAUACGAUCUGUCAACAACCUAUAAUUAACUCUAUAUGUGUUACGAAUACAAUAUUUCCAAUCACAGGUGAGGAUUCAGAUGAAUUGGAAGAUAUACCAAUACUGUACGAACACUUCCCAACGGCGACAUCAGUGAAAAAUCUUUAUCAUUUCUCGCAAGUGAGUUAUAAACGACAAUUUGCUAAUUUUGAUUACGGAGUCAAACUUAAUUUGGACAAAUACGGUUCCCCUACACCUUCAGUUUACCAAUUAGAUAAAAUAACUAUGAAAAUAUCUUUAUUUGUUGGAAUUAAUGAUAAUAUAUCAACAUUAGAUAAUGUAGCAAUGUUAAAACAAAGUCUACCUAACGUUAUAAAUUAUAUGAUAAUCCCGCAUACUAAAAUGAAUCAUAUCGACUUUGUAUGGGGUCUUCCAAUCUCCACCGCUUAA